CUCAGUUUUCUUAAUUUCUUUUUUUUUCUUUUUUUUUCUUUCUUUUUCUUUUUUUAUCUUCUUCAUUUCUUCUUCCUCUCUGUAACACUCAAAGCACAAAUACCUCAAAUGGCUGAUACUCUUCGUUUCGACGGACGCGUUGUGAUCGUCACUGGCGCUGGUGGUGGACUCGGUCGCUCCCACGCCCUCUUCUUUGGCUCCCGUGGUGCUUCCGUUGUUGUUAACGAUCUCGGUGGCUCCCACACUGGCGAGGGUGCCUCGUCUCGUGCUGCCGAUGUUGUUGUGGAGGAGAUCCGUGCUGCUGGAGGCAAGGCCGUUCCAAAUUACGAUUCUGUCUUGGAUGGCGACAAGAUCAUAGAGACUGCCAUGAAGGCCUUCGGUCGUGUGGACAUCGUCAUCAACAACGCUGGUAUCCUCAAGGAUGUCUCAUUCGCUCGCAUGACCGACCAGCAAUGGGAUGCUAUCUUCCGGGUCCACGUCGAUGGUGCUUACAAGGUCACCAAGGCCGCAUGGCCUAUCUUCAGAAAGCAGAAGUUUGGACGUGUUAUUAACACCACUUCCGCUGCCGGUAUCUACGGAAACUUCGGUCAAGCCAACUACUCUGCUGCCAAGUUGGCCCUCGUCGGUUUCACCAGAACCUUGGCCCUUGAGGGAAAGAAGGACAACAUUCACUGCAACGUAAUUGCACCCAUUGCAGCAUCACGUAUGACUGAGACAGUUCUUCCUCCUGAUAUGCUCGCUUCCUUGAAGCCUGAGAUGGUCACUCCAUUGGUCGCUUAUCUCUGUCACGAGGAUACCAAGGAGAAUGGAUCUCUCUUCGAGGUCGGAGCUGGUUUCAUUGGCAAGCUCCGCUGGGAGCGCACUGGAGGUCACGGCUUCCCCAUCAACAAACCUCUUUUGCCUGAGCAUAUCAAAGAGAAGUGGGCCAAGAUCAUCGACUUUGAGGAUGGACGUGCUACCCACCCAGAUUCGACUCAGGAAUCGAUGGAGAGCAUCAUGGCUAACUUUGAGAAUGUCUCUGAGGGCGAGCCUCAGCCUGGCGUUGAUGUUGUCGCCAGCACUCCUGCUGGCGCUGGCGCUGGCGCUCCUAUCCCUGAUAGCGAGUUCAAGUCGGCUGCUGCCUUUGAGCAGAUCAAGAGUGGAAUUGACGCCAUGUCUUCAGCUGAGCGCCAGGCUCAGGUCAAAAAGGUUAAGGCUGUCUUCCAGUUCGAGCUUACUAACGAAGCCGGUAAGACUGCGACCUACCAUGUCGAUCUCAAGAAUGGUGAGGGAUCUGUUGGUCCUGGCCCCGCAAAGGGAAAGGCUGAUGUUGUGAUUACCACAAAGGACGAUGUCUUUGUUGACCUCGCCUCCGGCAAGGCCAAUGCUCAGAAGUUAUUCAUGUCUGGACAGAUCAAGGUCAAGGGCCAGGUCAUGCUCGCCACCAAGCUCGGUGACAUCCUCAAGGCUAACAAGUCUAAGCUGUAA